CAGGCUGUAAUUGACUGACAGGCAACUCGAUGUUUGAUCGGUUACCGAUAAUCGGUUUGCUGUAGCACGCGCAGCACCCUGUAAGGUUUCAUCUUGUUUGUUUACAAAAACCUCUGCUGAGCGGGGAAGGCAAGCCUCAUGAGUCGGCCUCGUGGAUUGCAUCAACAUAAUGGAUUUAACUAAAAUGGGUAUGAUCCAGCUCCAGAACCCCAACCAUCCAACCGCCCUGCUGCAGAAGGCCAACCAGAUGCGUCUGGCCGGGACUCUGUGCGAUGUUGUCAUCAUGGUUGACAGCCAGGAGUUUCAUGCUCACCGGACUGUGUUAGCCUGCACCAGCAAAAUGUUUGAGAUCCUCUUCCACCGCAGCAGCCAGCAUUACACUCUGGACUUUCUUUCACCAAAGACUUUUCAGCAGAUUUUGGAGUAUGCUUACACUGCCACCCUCCAGGCCAAGGUGGAGGACUUGGAUGACCUUCUGUAUGCAGCAGAGAUCUUGGAGAUUGAGUACUUGGAAGAACAAUGCCUCAAGAUCCUGGAGACCAUACAGUCCUCAGAUGAGAAUGAUGUAGAGGUAAAUGCCAACGAUGGGAGCACAGAGGAGGAUGAGGAGCGCAAAGGCCAAAAUGGAGCUAAGAACUCCAAAAAGCAUUCCAUGGGGAGCCCCUGUCUGCCAGGUACCCAGCAAGUCUCCAACAUGUCCGGCAUGGUAGAUCUGAGUCCCUCUGUCUCCACUUCCUUCAGCGUCUCCAACCUGAGUCCCACCAAAGCCGCCGUGGACAGUCUGAUGAGUAUUGGCCAGUCUCUGUUGCAGCAGGGCUUUGGUGGUGAGCAACUUGUCCAUGGCAACUCCCACCACCUGAUGACUGAUAUCAAGACUGAAAUGAUGCAAGUGGACAUGGGAGGCAAUGGCCAUGAAAGCCCUCAGAACAUGGAGUCCAGUGCCUCCAGCAAUGGAGAACGAAGCGGGGAAGACAGGAACCGAGACGGCCCUGGAACACCAACCAGGAGCAGCGUUAUUACCAGUGCUAGAGAACUGCAUUACGUCCGCGAUGAUGGCAUGGGAGACCAGCAAGCUGAAGUCGGCCAGAUGGGUUUGGAAGCUAUGGCUGGCAUGACAGAGAAACAUCUGGCCUCGCUGUACUCCCUACCUAUCAAUCAUAAAUCAGAUGCCAUGAUGUCCAUGCCAGUAUCCAUGGCCUCAGCCCUCCCCAUGUCCCCAGCCCUGGCUAUGUCUAUGGACCUGAGUGCCUAUGGGGGACUCCUGCCACAGAGCUUCAUCCAGAGAGAAUUCUUCAACAAGCUUGGGGAGCUGGCAGUGGGCAUGAAACCAGACGGCAGGAACCACCAUGAGCGUUGCAAUGUUUGCGGUGCAGAGCUACCAGAUAACGACGCUGUGGAGCAGCACAGAAAGAUGCACAGUGGAAUGAAGACCUACAGCUGUGAGCUGUGUGGGAAGAGCUUCCUGGACAGCCUCCGUCUGCGAAUGCAUUUGCUGUCUCACUCAGCUGGUGAGAAGGCUAUCGUGUGUGACCAGUGUGGCGCCCAGUUCCAGACAGAGGAAUCCCUGGAGUCUCACAGACAGAUCCACACUGGGUCGGACAUGGCCAUCUUUUGCCUGCUUUGUGGGAAGCGUUUCCAGACCCAGACAGCACUGCAGCAGCACAUGGAAGUCCAUGCCGGCGUGCGCAGUUACAUUUGCAGCGAAUGCAACCGGACUUUCCCCAGCCAUACUGCACUCAAACGUCACCUACGCUCACACACAGCAGGGGACCACCCAUUCGAGUGCGAAUUUUGUGGAAGCUGCUUCCGAGAUGAGAGCACGCUGAAGGGCCACAAACGCAUCCACACUGGGGAGAAGCCCUAUGAAUGUAACGGUUGUGGGAAGAAGUUCAGCCUCAAGCACCAGCUGGAAACCCACUACCGUGUGCACACAGGUGAGAAGCCAUUUGAGUGCAAGCUGUGUCACCAGCGAUCCAGGGACUACUCAGCCAUGAUCAAGCACCUGCGCACCCACAAUGGCGCCUCACCCUACCAAUGCACCAUCUGCCUGGAGUACUGCCCCAGCCUGUCAGCCAUGCAGAAGCACAUGAAAGGCCACAAGCCAGAAGACAUCCCUCCAGACUGGCGCAUAGAGAAGACCUACCUGUACCUCUGCUAUGUCUGAGACAGGAGGAGGGCGAAUGAAGAGGGUGGAGAUGGGUUAAGAGGUAAGGGGAAUGUAACGGGGUGGAGAAGAGGCAAGGAUCUUGACAACGGAGGAAUGUCAACGACAAGAUACUCAAAAACAGGAGGGUUUGUUUUUUUUUCGUUUCUUUUCUUAAUGCAAAGGCGGCAAUGAGCGGCGGGGGUGCACAAGUACUAAGAAAAGGAAAACUUGGACAUGGAGUGAUUCUCCAUCCUUGUUCGGAUUCAUCGGGUCAUUCACUACAUCUGCAACUGUGUUAUUGUUUCUGGUCAUUUCAAGCCGAUCUAUGGAUGCUGCUGCCAAACUGGUGAAAAUGCUGAUUCUCAAGGGCUAUCUGAACCUGUAGGCUCCUGCCAGCAGGAAAUGAAUCCACUCCUUUUUGUCUUCUGCUGUUCCCCGUUUGUAUUUGAUGUAUUUACAUCAACGCUGCUCACUUCUUUCUGCUUUUUGAGUAUCAAAGACCUUUUCUUCAUGAAAACAAACCUAAAGUUUCUGGUUGUUACAGCAGAUUUAUCUCAUGGAAAUGUGUUUCGCAGGAUAAUUAAACGUAAUCAGAGCUCCAGACAUGAAUUGACAGUUUGGAUCAACAUGCUACUUAUCUUUUGAACUGCAAAUGUUAUUGUUUUGUCAACUUUCUUCUUCUAUGUGCAAGCAGUGUGCUUCGGAUCUCCCAUUUUCUACAGAAGUCUUCUAGUUAACUGUCCAUAGAUAGCCCCUGAGAAUCUGCAACAGAACUGGAAGGUUUAUGCAGUAGAAAGAAAGAAAAAACCAGCUGAACAGGAUGAAUGGGAGUAUUAACAUGCUGCAUACCAAGCACCCAGGUUGUUUGCGGGCAGGGAAGUUGCUAGUGGAAGUCUCCCCAUUUUCCCCAGUAGUCUUUCUGGUUCUAUGUCUCUGUCUGAUUAGGCUGGAGAAGGUUGGGUCACCACUGGCCACACAAAGGCUAACUUUUGUCACUUUUUCACCAUAUAUUAUCUUUUUUAGCUCUGCAUCGUAGUUUAUCAUAGCUUGAUUGCACAAGUAAAGCAAACUACGAGAACAGUCUCUGUUUGAUAUCAGCAAGAUGUAAAAAUCCUUCAUAGAUAUAACUCGCUGUAACAAUAUCCUACAAUAAACCCAGGCAGUUUACCCUAUCAAUAGACAGCUGGACCGCUUUGCCAUGCUACGUCCAUUUAACCAGACAAUUAUCAGUAUCUCACACUACCACUAAAGUACAAAAAACUGACAGAAAAACCAAAACAAGUUGACCACAAAGGAUGGACCCGUUUACCAGGAAGGAGGGAAACUAACUGGGAAAAGGUUGCUGUCUGUGGGAGUCCUAUGACUUUGAUGGCUGGCUGUGAAUGGCGUUGCAGUUUAGAGACAGCUAUAAGGCAUAAUCAAUGAAUGUAAGAAAGAUAUACCAUAGCAGGUGAAUGCUGUUUGUCUGUCUGAUGAUGGAAAACGAGACGUCCCAUCUUGGAUCGUACCGGGAAACAUUUUUAUGUUCAUACAUGCAUAUUUACAAACUAAGUUGCAUUUAUUCAUGUUACCACUCCUCCUUUCUCUACAGUGUGUGGUGGAUGCCUGUGUUCACCACAGCGUAGCAAAGGCAGUGAAAAAGGGACUUAGCAGGCAUCUUCAGUCAGUUAGAUGGAUGCUUCUGGGGAAACCUGACAUAUUUUGUUGGAAGGUUGAAGGUGGGAAUGUCCAACUUUCCGACAUGUCUGACAUACAGCAUUAAACCUGUUAAGCACGUUGUGGUCAAACCUGUAGGCUUUCAGAAACAUUUGUGCGCGUCACAGCAUCAUCUAGAUGAUCACAUAUCCAAACGGCCGGUGGACACGGAAGAAAAGCCGAAUAAAUCGACUCUUUCUCUGUGGUUCGUCUCUCACGUCUCUUCUUCUCGUUAUUAUUGACCUUAAGUUUGAUCUCAACACAUUGUACUUGAAUUACCUCAUUUUUGUGACCUCAUGUUGCUUGUGAAUUUUUAAGUUUCCCUUUUGUUUCAAUUUUUUUUUUCUUUAAUAUUUGUCAGAAAGCUGUAUUGCAAGCGCGAUGAAGUGGUGUGUACAUGGGAAAAAUUAAGUGCCACAGUGAAGAGAUUUCUUUGUUUUUGGUUUCUUUUCUAAUGUUUGUGCAUUACAUGUUACCAAACUUGGUAUUAUUAACCCUGUUUGUUAAAGAGCCGGAAGGUUUGGUCAUUUGUUAUAAAAGCUACCUCUCAGUUUGUUUGUUUUUGUUUUCUUUUUGGCAAAAGCACAUUUUUGUGUUUGCAUUUUUUGUCAUAGCUACUUCAUCUCAUGCUUUUUUUUUUUUUUCCUAAAGUUGAUUUAUGAUUGUGUUUUUAAGCAAUGUGUAUAUAAAAGGGUAAGAGAUGAAAAAGUAGAGGUGGACAGGAUGAGAAAAGUCAUUGGAACGGAUGUUUAUUCUCCCCCUGCACCUCCAACCACAGAACAGAGAGGAAGAAAAUAAAGCAAUUUUCAAGCCUUAAGUGACGAGUAAGAGGGCAGAUAAGACGAAGUACUAUUGCUUUUUAAGAGCGUUUAAAAACAAGAAUUUAAACUUGAAAAUAUGUGAAUAGAGUUGUAGUUUUGUAAUGUGAAAAACAGAAAAACAUCCCGAACCGUGCAGGACAGGUCAUAUCUGCAGCCUUGCAGAGUGCUUUGGACAAUUGGAAGAGCAGGUUGAAAUCACAAAUGAGAAGGUUAGAAAUAGAAAAUCUCUCAGCAGAUGAGCUCUGCUGGGAUACGAGUGUAUUCCUGAACAAGAGCCAACAGAGGCAAUUUGAUAUAUAAAAAUUGUGAUAUUUUUGUAUUCAGUGUCGGUCCUUUUUCCAUUUGUGGAGGGUUACAGCAGGGCACCAAUAUUUGUAUUUUUUUUUAUGUCUUUUUGUUUCUCUCUUUCUGGGUGUGGAUCAUUUUUGCCUUGCUCCUCUUUGAUAUUGUUGGAGAUAAAAGAAAAAUAAAAAAAAAAAAUGUGUGUGAACAUAUUGUAAUAAUAAGUGUUGCUUUCUGGAUGUCAAUUGCAUUGUAGGUGAAGGACUAAAUUUAUCUGCCACAAACUUUACAAGUGUGUGUAAGUGACAAAGUUUUUGUUUUAAAAAAAAAAAGAUGAUUUAAAAACAAAAGAAAAGGGGAUGGCAGGGGAUCGCUGCCCACCGACCAAUUAGUGCUCCUCAUUCAUGCUUUUUCAAUCAAACUUGACUGUCAACAUGUUUUGUUUUGUUUUUGUACUUGAAAAAAGAAGGGAUGGCAUGUCCCACGGUGUCUUGCCAUUUUAUUCUCCAACACUGUGAGCUGAGGGUUUAUGUUUAGUUUAUUUAACCCUCUGAUAAAACCCACCCAGUAUAAUAAACCCAGUUCAGUCUGAACACCACAAUGCAAGACCUGCUCAGUCACGUUAUUCUGAUCAUCGUCCUCUGAAUGUUUUCUACUUCUUCGUGCGGGUGAACGAGUGCGUAUAAAGAGUGUGUAACUAUGUGUGAGCGUGUGUGUGUAUUAGUGGAAAAAUGCACUAAUCAGAUCAGAUACAAAAUAAAAUGAUAUUCUAUGCCACUUUUUUCUGUUUGGGGAAAAAAAGAUAUAUAUAUGUAUACAUUGGCAUCGAUAUAGUUCUUCCCUCAGUGUUUCUCUGAUGUUUCUGUACUAUCUUUGUGCCUAAAAAUGGAAAUGUUCAACAAAAAUAUCAUCUAUAUCUGCUUAGUUUUUGUAUUUUCUGAAGAAAAUAAAAAUGUUGUCUGCAGCACCCUAGGGAUGUCAUGAAGCUCGAAACAUUUUUUUUUUUUUUAUUUUGAAAUCCCGAACAGAGCAGGCCUUCUUUUCAAGGACUGCAGGAACCCUUCAUGCACUCGCCUCAUUUCUUAAGCUGUACUCUGUGAUUGGCAUCCAAAAGCAUUUAUUUAGCAGCACAAUAAAAAAAAAAGGAAAAAAAAAAAGUCUACUGAAGAUAUAAACAGGCUUCAGUGAAAAACUUUGGAGGACAAAAAAAGAAAAGGAAAUAAAACGAGUUGUUUUUCUCAAGCAAAUUAAAACCCAAACCUGUUUGUCCUUUUUGUCAGCAACAGGUUUGCUGAUUGUCUGAUAAGGAAAACCCUGUUUGGGAAGGCUGGCACGAGGGUGGUUCCCUCCUGCUUUCCUUCUGUGGUUUUUGUUGUUUUUUUUUCAUUGUCUUUUCUACUAAAUGCAUUUAUUAGGGGAUGUUGAAUUCGUCAGAGAGGAAUCAUGGCAUCCCUGGAGCUGGCACUCUGUGUUUUGGUGUGGUGUUUCUAGAACAAAGUAGCCAUUUCAUGCAGUGUUGCAAUGCAUGUGCCAUCCAGGUCUAGACUAAAACUGUUUGAGUAACAAAGCACCAAGACAUUGUAUUUUUUAUAUUAGCACUGAGGACCAAUUUCCUUGUCGGACCAAGCAUAACGAAGCUUUUCUCUGUCUUUCCCUGGCUUGUCUGUGCUACUUCUCUCCUCCAUUGUUGUGACAGCACAAGUGCCAGUCGAGUUGUUCUGUGUUGAGAAAAUAGUGUUUUUAUUAUGAUUUGAAUUGUUCUAGUUUUUGUCUACCUCAGCACCUAAUCUUAGCCUAAUCUUAGAAGGUGCCCAAUUAUUAUUUUUUAAUUUCUUUAUUUUGUUCUCUUAUCGUUGUCAGUUGUAAAACACAAAAAUGAAAAUAAUUUUUUUUUUUAAAAUUGCAUUAGAGCUUUGCAAAGGUCCUUUGUCUUUUCCAGCGACAACGUGCUAUUUUUAUUUUCAUUCUUUCCCAUGGCAGUACGUUUCCUGUUGAGCUGUGCCACCAAUCUGUAGCCACAGUCUGUUGAUAUAGAGCUUGUUCUUUUUUCUUUCUUCCAUGUAGAAUCAGACACAUCUCUCUGUAACAUUUCAGUGUUCUCUGAUGGAGUGUGAAAAAAAUAAAAAAGGAAAAUAAAAGAUUUAAUGCUGCAGGUUCUCUUCUCCAUGUUGUCAAUAAAGUCAAUGUUGUGCCUUUGAUAGUGAAAA